AUGGUUGCAGUUCAACGUUUAAGCAUUGUUUUGGUCGUUUAUUGUGGUUGUCUAUUGGCUGAAAUCUGCCCUCCUGAUUGGCACCGAUACGGCGAGUCAUGUUACUUGUUUGCAAUGCAGAGGGUAGAUUGGUUCGAAGCAAAUCACACUUGUGCCCAGAGUGAGGCAAACCUCGCUGUGCCAAACUCAAGAUUCGAACAGGAUUUUAUAUGGAAACUUUACCUGAAAGUGUUUGAUCAGAAGCCACCUUCCAGUCUCUGGAUUGGUUGUAAUGACAUCGAGGAGGAGGGAAACUGGCAGCACUGUCCGUUGAAGGGUGAGACUAACGCUUAUGAGAAUUGGGCUGGAAGGCAACCGAAUAAUGCUAACAACGCUGAUUGUGCAGUGAUGCUGGUUGAUAUGAACGGUACAUGGGACGAUCAACACUGCAUCAACUCGAACCGUCACGCUGUCUGUGAGCUCCCCGUGUACAACAGCCGCCGUCUCACACCUCAGUGUCUGCUCCGUCAUGCCAUGGAUGAGCUACAGGGUACGAGCGGGAAAGAUUACCGAUCACGCCCUCGGUGUCACUCCUUCAUGCUGGACAACUGCGGUCAUCAGUAA